AUGUCACAACCGACGGAUGAAAAAGCAUCAGUCGACCAGGUACCCCGAGCAUCCGACGCGGAGAAGGGUUCUGGGUCGCAUGAAUUCGCCCCAAAAUCAAAGCUCGAACUCUUCGAAGAUCCCGAUGAAGGGCUCAGUCCGGAGGAACGAGCUAAGAUAGAUCGCGCGCUCGUUCGCAAGCUCGACAUCAGACUGAUCCCAUGGCUUAGCUUGUUGUAUUUGAUUUCAUUUUUAGACCGUACAAAUAUCGGCAACGCAAAGCUAGCGGGCCUGCAGAAAGAUCUCCGUAUGACCAAUGACCAAUACAACGAUAGCUUGACCAUUUUCUUCAUCUCAUACUCGAUCUUCGAGCCGGUCACCAAUGUCCUGCUCAAGAGAUGGCGACCGAGCAGGUUUAUACCUGCUAUAAUGUUCGCAUGGGGCAUAUGUAUGACGUUGAUGGGUGUUGUGCAUAACUGGUCUGGAUUGAUGGCGGUCCGAUGGUUUCUCGGACUCACCGAAGCCGGUCUCUUCCCCGGGGUCGGCUACUUCCUCUCCUGCUGGUACAAGCGAACAGAAUUCGGUGUACGCAUGGCCAUCUUUUUCUCUGCGGCUGCGCUCGCUGGCUCUUUCGGAGGUCUUCUCGCUGCUGCCAUUGCUCAUAUGGAUGGAAUUGGCGGCAGGCCAGGCUGGUCGUGGAUUUUCAUCCUUGAGGGUCUGGCUACCAUCAUCAUUGGCGUCUUGUCGUUCUGGAUGGUCCAUGACUUCCCCGACGAGGCCACGUUUCUGUCCGAGGUGGACCGCAAGCGUGUUCUGCGCCGCCUUGCGGAGGACCAGCAGUCUAGCGCGGAGCAUGAGCAGUUUAAGAUGACCUAUUUCUGGGCUAGUUUGAAAGAUUGGAAGACCUAUACCAGCGCUAUCAUUUACAUGGGAGCGGAUGGGUCCUUGUAUGCAUUCUCGCUUUUCGUACCGACCAUCAUCAACCAGCUGGUGAGGUACACUUCCAUCAAGGCCCAGCUGCUUAGUGUUCCACCAUACGCAGCAGCGGCCAUUGUGACUGUUGCAGUAGGUUUCAUCGCUGAUCGCACGCGCCAACGUGGUAUUUGCAACAUUUUCGUCUCUCUCGUCGGCAUUACCGGUUUCGCAAUGCUCCUCGGCUGCAAAACAGCCGGAGCACGGUAUGCGGGAACAUUCCUUGGAGCCAUGGGCAUUUAUCCUGCCAUUGCGAAUACCAUCUCCUGGGCCAGCAACAACACUGAAGGUGUGUACAAACGAGGUGUAACGCUUGGUAUCGUCAUUGGCUGGGGUAAUCUCAACGGAAUCGUAUCCUCCAACAUCUACCGAGGCAAGGACGCGCCCAACUUCUAUCCCGGCCAUGGUACCGUGCUGGCGUAUCUAGUCCUGUUCCAGUUUGGUGGUUCCCUGGUGCAGUAUCUGCUCCUCAGACUCGAGAACCGUAAGCGUCUGCGAGGAGAUCGGGAUCAUUGGGUUCAGGGACUAGACCGCAGUCAGAUCGAGCUUCUUGGAGAUAAGAGGCCAGAUUUCAUUUACACGCUGUGA